AUGAAAGAAACCUGCGUUCUCGACAUCUGGGUAGUUCCCGAGCUUCCUCGACAGCUUAUAUUGGGAAUAGACUUUUGGAAGUCUAUGAACAUUGUUCCUGAUCUCCGCCAAAAUAUCUGGCAUUUCUGCAAGGACAUUCCGAAAUCCGUACAAAUCGAAAGCAUUUUGUGUGAAUCAUCUUUGAGUCCAUGGCAGAGACAGGAAUUGAAUGCUCUGGUCGAGGAAAAGAAAGCCCUAAUGGGAACAUCCUUGGGCAGGACUCAUCUGGUGUCACAUUCCAUUGAGUUGGUUCCAGAAACCAAACCAAUCAAGCAACGAUAUUACCAGGUAUCACCGGCCAAGCAGAAGAUCAUUGAUGAGGAAAUGAAAAAAAUGCUUCAGAACGACAUUAUUGAGCCUUGCCGAAGUCCUUGGUCUUCUCCAGUUUGUAUGAUACGGAAAAGAGAUGGGUCCUACCGGUUUUGCGUCGAUUAUAUCGGCAGUUGA